AUGGAGAUGCACUCGGCGGCGCAGUUGCCGGAGGACGAGCAUCUGCCUCCUGCUUCGUAUCCGAACGGAGAGGGAGAGGAGAGAAGAGAAGAAGGAAACGCUUCCUUUUCUUUCGCCCAAAAAACGAAUCCUCUUUCCGCGAAGGACCUGCCGGCAGUCUGUUCUGGAGGCUCCGACUCUGCUCUCCGCGCUGAUGGAAUGCGUGCAUUGGAAGAGCAAGUUCAAAAGCUCGAUUCUGACUGGGAUGAACUUCAGAAAUUGCAGUACAUGACCGAGGAAGCCGCUUAUUCGUUCGUACAAGGCGGGGGAAGUCCACAUGCGGCGGGAGCCUCAGGAGGCGCUGAUGGGACAGGCUCUGCAGGGUCGCAGACGCUCGGCGGAUUUCCAAGUGCAGACUCAGACGAAGUCGACCGACGAUCCGUCUAUGUCGGAAAUGUGGACUACUCCUCGACGCCUGCUGAGCUCCAGGAGCACUUCAAGUCGUGUGGAACCAUCAACAGAAUUACCAUCAUGGUGGACAAGUACACAGGCCACCCCAAAGGCUAUGCUUACAUCGAAUUCAACAGCGAGGCCGCGGUGCAGAAUGCGAUUCUGCUCUCCGACACCGUCUUCAAGCAGAGACAGAUCAAGGUUGUCGCCAAGAGAAAGAACAUUCCUGGAUUCGCUCGAGGCCGCGGCGGCUGGCGCGGUGGCCGCAUGGCGGCAGCUGGAGGCAUGCUGGGCCGAGGCAGAGGUGCAAGAGGAGGAUUUCGCCCAAUCUACCGACCUCGCGGGGGCUUCGUCAGAGGCUACGGGCGUCCCUACUAGCGAACAUGCGUUUGCGAAAUGUCGCUGAACCUGAGACCGUCGAAAUUCUUUUCUUUUUUUGCAUGAGAUAUGCCUUAUUUGCAGUGGAGAACCACGGGAGCGAGGGAAGCGAGCAGAUGCUUACAACGUGCUCUGUGUACCGACCUCGCGAAUGCGUCCCGGAACAUUUAUGUGCAUGCACUGGACCAGAGACGUCGUCUGUCUCCCAACUCGUUGACAUUCCGC